AAGCGUAAAUGAAUAUAUGUUCAUGUAUGAGCAUAAAUAUAACAUGCAUAUGUAUGUAUAAAUUAUACGAAUAUGUACAACUUCACACUAUAAUUACCAUUAUUACCUACGAGCCAAACAUAUAUGUACAUCAUACGAAUGUUGAUGUAAUUUCUCCACCUAUACCUUUUGGAUUAAAGCUUUUUUUUGUUUUUAUUGUCUAAUCCUUCUACACUCUUUUGCCGGCGGCUAUGUUACUUUAAUGAGCUAAAUGGUUUAAAGCUACUCUUCUUGCUUCACUUUAACGGUAAACUUGUAAGAAAUUAGACGCAGCAGUCCGCGAAAAUCAUUUACGUUGCAGAAACCAUUUGUGUACAUAUGUAUUUAUUAAUUACGAUAUAAAUACAUAUAUACAUACGUAAGUUAUAUAAUGAACUUAAAUUGUGUCAUGGUGCAGUUUGUGAUGUUGUUGCUGCAAAGUUGUCCGUCCCAAAACGGCAUAUUAGCGCGAAAUAUUCACACCACUACCGAUAUCAUUCUGAGUGACAUUCGUAAUGCUUUCAAAAUCAUCACAAACAACACGAAUCUCAUAAAUCGUAUUAUACCCCAGAUGUACGAGUCCGUAGUGCCUUCAUCAAAUGUGACUUUUCAAUUCAAAAUACCAGACGCCACAGUAAAGGACGGUUCCUCAAUUUUGACGAUGCGACGUAGUGAUUUAGUUGAUCCAGUUUUUCCUAAUCUAACGAUGGAGUACAUGCGUGCGCAAUUAAAUAAAACCCGUUUCACUUUAUUUACAAGUGAGACCCUGCAUAAUUUAGAGCCAUCUAAUGUAAGUGACGAAAGCAGUGCAAAUUCUUGGAGUUCACUAGGAUUAGAUGGUUGGUCUGGCGCUGUUGUUGAGAAUACUCAGGACGCAUAUCCAAACAGCGAUUUCCUUUUAGAUUUGAAAAAUGUAGGGAAGGACCCGGAUGAUGAGAAUCUAUAUAUUGCACGCGUUAACGAUCCUUUCGGUACCUCCGUCAAAUGGAAUUUUAGAAUCUACGAUCGGGCAAAACGCGAUGUGCUUACAUUAUACUCCAUCAUUCAAUGUUCUACCGGUUGCCAGCCUCUCAUAUAUAAAGGAUAUGGUUGUUACUGUGGAUUUUCAGGUGCUGGUGUUCCUGUUGAUGGCAUAGAUAGCUGCUGCAGGAUCCACGAUAAAUGUUACGAAUACAGUAAUUGUAUAUCGUAUUUAGAAUAUUUUGUACCCUAUAUUUGGAAAUGUUAUCGACGAAAACCAUUAUGUGCUCUAGAUCAUGGAGAAUUCGGAGGCCCAGGCUCAUGUGCAGCGCGACUAUGCCAAUGUGAUAUUCAAUUGUCUCGUUGCUUACGGCGAUUUACCUGUCCCAGACGUAAAGCGGUAUGCUUUAGCUCGAAAGCUAGGCGUUUUCAAAAUUUAUUACUUUCAUUUUAGAUUUAUAAUACAUUCAGAAAACGCAUAUUUCCAACAAGAAUAAACGAUGAAAUAAAAACUAAAUGAAUUACAAGAUUUGUAGUACAAACUGUGUAAA